AUGGUCGCCUGUUUCGCCAACUGCGCCGUGGUGCUGCCACUGACGCUGACGGUGCUGCUGCUGGAGAACUGGGUGCUUGGCAGCACCAUGUGCUUCAUGCUGCCGAUCAUGCAGGACACACCUCUGAACCUGGUGACGCUGACGCUACUGCUGAUCACGGCGACGCAGUACCACCGCCUGCGGCAGAGGGAGGUGUGGCCGUCCAGCUCGCUCAUCAGCCUGCUGGCCGUCUGGCUGACCUCGAUCUGCACUGCGCUGCCGUACCUCAUCUACACCGACUACCUAGACAUGGAGGUUUACUUCGGGCCCGCCAUGCAAGGGGUCGGCCUCUGUGUUGUCAACAUUGCACACGACGUGGGACCUUUCACCAAGGUUCUCUUCGUUUGCAUGUAA